UAAAUCAGUCCAUGGCAUAGGCAAGUCAGACUGCAAAAGUAGCUAUAGUUUAGUGAUUUAUUAUUUUACAGUUCCUAUUUUUUCCCCAGAUAACAGUAGACUUAAUAACACUCCCUCCAGAUAUGAUUCAAAGCAUACAGGAAAGUCCUGCUUGUCUGUAGAAGGUCAGCUCCAUGAGGAUGGGGAUUCCUGGCAUGACGGGUGUCGGAUGUGUUACUGUUAUGGGGGGCAGGAGAUGUGUGCCCUGAUAUCCUGCCCACACCCCUCUUGUACAAGCCCUGUUUUCAGGCUUGGAGACUGCUGUCUUUCCUGUCCUGGAAAUAUUGUUUUACCCCAUAAAGGCAAAAGGGAAAUGUGCGAGUCUCUGAAUGGACGUUACUUUGUGGAGGGGGAGACUUGGUACCUAGACAACUGCACUCAGUGUUUGUGUCACAGUAGCAGCAUCCUGUGUGAGACUCAGGCCUGCCCCCUCUGCUGUGUAGCUAUCCCACAAUCCUACCCAACACCUGUUGCCCAGUCUGCCAAGGUCAGG